AUGGCAUCUAACCCACCAGGUCAAUGCUGCACUGAAGCUAAUUUCCAUGAAGGAAAACCAAUUGGAACUUUCAAAGAUUUGUUUGGUUUAGACACUUAUAUCGUUGGUGAAGAAUCAAGCAACAAGGUUGUUGUUAUAUUAACUGAUGUUAAUGGUAAUCACUUUAACAAUGUGUUGCUUAUUGCUGAUACUAUAGCUAAAAAUGGCUACAAGGUCUUGAUUCCUGAUAUUUUAAAGGGCAAUCCUGUCAAACCAGGUGAUGAUCUUCAAGCUUGGUUCAAGAACCAUACUUUGGAAAUCACUGAACCAAUUGUUAAUGGGUUCUUGGAUAAGGUUAAGGGUGAACUUAAACCUAAUUUCCUUGCUGCUAUUGGGUAUUGUUUUGGUGCCAAGUAUGUCAUUAGAAACUUGACUCAAUCAGGUCCAUUGGAUGCUGGUGCAAUUGCUCAUCCAUCACUUGUCACCAUUGAAGAAGUGAAAGCUAUCAAAAAGCCACUUAUCAUUUCUGCCGCUGAAGUUGAUCAUAUCUUCACUCCCGAAUUGAGAAAGGUUACUGAAGAUGAAUUGGCUAAAUUAGACGGCGUUAGAUAUGAAUUUACUUUGUUUUCUGGAACUAGUCACGGUUUUGCUGUUAAAGGUGAUAUUUCAAAUCCGUUGGUUAAAUAUGCUAAAGAAAAGGCUUUGAAUGAUCAAUUGUACUUUUUCUGGAGUGUUGGAUUGAUUAAUUCUAAGCAAGGACAAAGUUCUUUGUAA